CCCUCAUGAAAUACUAUCAUUGAGACAAUAUCAUAUAAAAAAACAUAUCUACAAAAGUGUUAGUGUGACAUAUAUCUCAUAGGCCAACAGAAUAAUGUACAUGUUUGGCAUUGGAGAAAUCCUUUUGGCGGUUUUUCUUUUCCUUGCAAUCCAUUAUUGGAGUCUCAAUAGAAACACACCCAUCACAAAAUGGCCUGUGCUUGGAAUGCUACCUGGUCUCUUAUACAACAUGUCCAAUAUCCAUGAUUAUCUAAACUUAGUUUUGAAACAAAAUGGAGGAACUUUCAUUUUUGAAGGACCAUGGUUAACAAACAUGAACAUUCUUUGCACCAGUGACCCCAUGAACGUGCAACACAUCACAAGCACAAAAUUCGAAAACUAUGGGAAAGGAAACGAUUUCAGCGAGAUUUUUGAAAUCCUUGGAGAUGGAAUUUUUAGGUCUGAUUCUCACAUUUGGAAGUACAACAGAACACUACUUCAUUCAAUUUUCAAGAAGGAAAGUUUUCAGGUAUUUAUUCACAAAACCAUUGAGAAAAAACUAUUUAGUGGUCUUCUUGUAUUUCUUGAUCAUGCUUGUAAAAAAGGGAUGCAAGUGGAUUUGCAAGAUAUUUUUCAAAGGUUAACCUUUGACAAUAUAUGUUAUAUAGUUUUAGGAUUUGAUCCUAAUUGUCUUUCUAUUGAACUCCCUGAAAUUGCAUGUGAGAGAGCAUUUACUCAUGCAGAGGACACAUUGUUUUCUAGACAUGUAAAACCAAGAUUUUGGUGGAAGCUGCAGAAAUGGUUUCAAGUUGGUGAAGAGAAACAGUUUAUAAAGAAUCAGAAAAUUAUUGAUGAAAUGUUGUAUUCAGAAAUCAAAUCCAAAAGAGAAAUGCAAGGAGAACGAAAAUUCGACUUGCUAAAUAUCAUUAUGACUGAAGCAGGAAAUGGAGAAAAUCCAAUAGACUACGAGUUUUUGAGAGAUACAUCGAUUAAUCUACUUGCAGCCGGAAGAGACACUAUUAGCUCGGGCCUUACUUGGUUUUUCUGGUUGGUGGCAACACACCCUUUUGUUGAAGCCAAGAUUCUUGAAGAGAUCAAAGAAAAUUUACCAUCAAGAGAACAUAGUUGGAAAGAUUUAGGAGCAAAAGGGCUUAGCAAGUUAAUUUAUUUACAUGGAGCUUUAUGUGAAGCCUUGAGGCUUUAUCCUCCGGUUCCUUUAGAGCAUAAAUCAGCAUUAAAAUCUGAUGUGCUUCCUAGUGGGCAUAGGGUUAAACCAAAUACAAUGAUAGUGUAUUCUCUAUACUCGGUCGGAAGGGUCGAGGAAAUAUGGGGAGAAGAUUGUUUGAAAUUUAAACCAGAGAGGUGGAUUUCUAAGAAAGGAGGGAUAAUUCAUGUUCCCUCUUACAAGUUCAUUGCUUUCAAUGCUGGACCAAGGAGUUGUUUGGGUAAGGAUAUAAGCUUCAUUGAGAUGAAAAUGGUUGCUAUAGCAAUAUUGUUGAAUUAUCACAUUCAAGUGGUGGAAGAUCAUCCCAUAAUCCCAAGUCUUUCUGUUGUUUUACACAUGAAACAUGGCUUGAAGGUUAAUGUCAAAAAAAGAAGCAUUUAAUGAUCAAGAGAGAUCUUUUCAAAAUAACUGAACUAUGUUCGGAUAAUAUGUGUAAUUUUAUUUAUAUAUUUGAAUUCUCAAAUAAACACCAUGUGUGGUCAUGUUUGUUUGUUUCUCCAAUAUAAGAAUAUAUUAUCAGUGUUAUGUUUGGAUUGUAAUAAUAACUUGCUUGAUAUUCAUGUUUGUUUUAA